ACAACAGUAACAUGCAAGUGUAGUAAAGAGCCAAGUUGGAAGAGGAACUUGUCGGAUGAGUUGCGAAUGCUCUAGAUUUGUAAGCUCCAGCUCGACGUAUUUUUUUUUUAAUUAUUUUUAUGUUGUAUACGAGUGAUUGCAUAGAUUAUAUAGUUCGCGUUAGAUCAAAAUGGGAGAGCCGCAAGACAGUACACCCAUGCAGGCUUUCGAGAAGGACGCGUUGGAACUGACCGUUGAAGAUGUUUACGACAUUUCUUACGUGAUCGGUAGAGAUUUGUUAAAAGUCAACACAGGUGGUCGGGAAUUCUCGGACUUACAGUUCAAAAUUGUUCGUGUGCUGGAGAUGUUUGAAACCAUGGUGAACAAAUACAACCUGUCCUUAGAGGAGCUCAGGAUGGAACGGGACAAUAUGAAGCGUGAACUGGAUAGAGUUGUUGCAGAAGGUUCAAGUAAUAAUAUUAACAAUGCCACUGGGCCAAACAAGCUAGUUGUGGACUUAAAGGACCCCAACCGACCACGAUUCACUAUGCAGGAGUUAAAAGAGGUCCUGCAGGAGAGAAACCAACUCAAAGCACAGCUGUUGGUGGCCCAGGAGGAACUACAGCUCUACAAGAGUGGGGUCCUGGGGUCAGAACAGAACAUGGUGGAAAUAAACCCGGAGACCCCUUCUCCAUCAGAACCCCCACCAACUAUUACCAUAGAGGAAAACAAAGAAAAGACCACCAUUCAGAAACUCCACUCCUCCGCCCUCUGGUGGAUGACAGCUGCUCCUCCCCGGGUGGACGGCAGCGAGUCCUUCAACCCCUGGCAGAUGGAACGGGUCCUCCCCUUCCUGGGGGAUUGCAGCGGUUCAUCUGACUCCCUGCGGCCGGCAGCGACUCCUCCGUCCCCCGACGGACAGACGCGGCUCCUCCCCUGGCGGACGGCAGCGGCGAGGACUCCGCGACAUUGCUUCCCUACUCCUUCCCGGGUUUCGGCACCACUGUAACAGGUUCUCAUUUCGACAAAAAUAACCUUAAAAUCAACAAAACUUCAGAAGAAUUCAACAAACUAAUAACCUACAGAACUUCAUUGAUCUUCCUUUGCUUCUUAUAUGAUCAAAAAGUUUCACUAUCAAAUACAUGUGAAACCAGAUAAGCCCCGUCCUACCGACUGUGGAAACAAGAGGUCUUUUCACUACAGUACUGCCAGAAGGCUUGAAAUCUCCAACUACUUCUGACUUCUUUUAAGUACAAAGUCAUUUUUUAAACUCAAGUUUGUGUUUUUUAAAUUGAUGUUCUUACUGAGUGCAAAGAUGAACAUUAAUGAAUUGAUGUUACUGGUAGAAUGCCCCUCUAAAACAGUGGUUCUUACCUGUGUUCCUGGAUGCCCCCCAACACUACACAUUUUGGAUAUCUCCCUAAUCAAACACCUGAUUCAAUUCAUCAGCUUGUUAGUUGAGACUCCCAAGACCUGAAUUGGGUGUCUCAGAAAAGGGAGAUAUACAAAAUAUUCAGUGUUGGGGGGCCUCAAGGAACAGGGUUGAGAACCACUGCUCUAAAACAUCUUCGUAGCCCAACAUGUACACAGUCUAUUUUUAUCACCAUCCUUUCAUAAACCGGUUGUCUUUGACCAUUUUAUUACAUUACAAUAGAUGGCUUAUCAUUACAAAGUCAGGUGGGUUAGGUUUAGACAACUUUUGACAAGCUUUUGGAAAUUCAAGUGAUUUUUUUUAUGUCACCACAUUCAUAGUUAAUCAGCAUAGGAUUGCACUUUGCAUUUUUUUUUUAGAAGGUACUUCAUAAUAUGUACAACAGUAUUUUAGUUGAAGGUUGCCAUACAGAUGAUUUAUAAUGUAAUGAAUCUCUUUAAGGUAUAUAGUCACAAGGGUGUUUUGUGGAAUGUGGCUUUAAUCAAGUAAUAAUUCAAUUAAUGUCCAAAUGAAAGAAACAGGCUAAGAAAUUGUAAAGUUUAAUCACUGAAUUUGAUUUUGUCUACUGAAAGAGAUUCAAACAAUUUAUACACUAUUUCUUUAAAAUAUUUAUUAAAACAUGUUUACAUACCAUGUUUAUAUUUUGUGUUUGUGAACCAUGUACAAUUUAAAUUAGCUUAAAAUACACAAAUAAUUCAAUUAAAAAAAGAAAUGGACCAAA